AUGGUCUCGGUCGAAUCAACAGCAGCACAGGCAGUCUCUGCAGUCACCCAAGGGCCCAUCACUUCGGCUUCACCUGCACUCCUAAAUUUGACCAACCUCAGAACGGUGGCAGCAGAUGUGACAUCCUCCUUCUCUCUUCCCCUCGCCAAAAACCCGUUGUUCCGCUUCCCUCUCCGCGUUGCCUCCCAGAUCGAUCGAGCCCUCCUCCACGUAUGGAACCGGUUUAUUUUGGAAGGACUCGGUAUCAGCAGUCUGGCAAGAGCUGGGACAGCGACGGCUGCUGGCGCCCAAGCCAUGGCAGAUGCAGCAGUCCAACCGGGUUUGGCUCAGGCCGUGGGAGAUGCGGCCGCAGAGAGUUGGUCGACCUUCUUUGCAGAGGUGUUCCAAGCAACGGGCUUCAAGUCUUACUGGGGCAUGCUGCACUACCUCAGUUCAAGAUGGGCCUUUAUAUGUUUCGCGGUGGCCCUGAUUCUUAACCGUAUCAGCGUUUACGGGGCAUCAAGGCAACGAAUACAACUCACUUGGACGAGGAGGCUUGCUCUACGGAUCGUACCUAUUCUGCUAUUCAUCACCCAAAUCCAUCAUCUUCUGCAGGCCAUUCGAUGUCAAACCUCACCGGACUACUCGCUCUAUCGGCACGGCGAUAACAACAAAUACAGCCUCUUGGAUUGGUCAACAGACGGUGGCCCGCUACAUACCCUCACAUCUACACUACUAUUCCAGUCAACAGAUGCUCAAGCUUGUGCCGCAGUGGGAAUGAGCCGGCCGAGUCCCGACGUUCGCGCACCUUUUGGCUCCUUCUCGCUUCUUUGGCCAUCCUUCCUCCGUUUGAGCUUGUCCCAUGUUGUUGAAAACUUAUCAUGCUCUCUGCAACAGAUACCCACUAUGGCCGAGGUCGGGAUGUCCGUGUUCGAGCAUUCUCUAGCAUUCGCCGAGGCUGAGACGAUGAUCGCCCACACACUAGGUCUAGGCUAUUACGGGUCAACGAGAUCUCCUGCGGCCAGCCAAGGAAACAACACGUCCCCCAGUCUCGAUUCACAGCCUACGAUUCCCGCAUCAGGUACAAUAUUGGCUCUUGCGGAUGCUACGUCCGCCCUGACGGGUCCGCAUCUGCUUGAUCGUGUCAAUGUCCCAGUAGAAGUCCUCCUGAUUACAUUGCUCUCGUGUUGCAAUUCGCUUUCGUCUCACAUCAUUGCUGUUCUUGGUAAACAACGUCAAUGGAGGCUCGUCAACACUGGAAUAUGGGCAAUGGCUUUCAUGGCGGCGUUUGUCUGGGGAUUCUGCACAACUAGUGUUAUGGUUCGGAGCGGCGAUAAUGGAGACAACCGUCCUGUCAGCAGCCUUCUACACUUUCCAACUGUGGCGAUCAUAGGAUUUCUUCCUCAUAUGGUCAUCCUCGCUGGUAUAGCGGUCUGUUUGCUCAUAUAUUUGGUUGCACUCACCUUGACGGCAAUUUCCCUGGGGACUAAUCCACAGAUUCCACGGCCCACCACCCUCAAAGAACGUUUUAUGAUAGCACACGACAACUUACAGGUUGCAGUCCAGACUCGAGGGAUUGAUAUCCGCUGGCAUGAAGACUUUUACACAUCACUCCUCCGUACCGGAUUUGCUGCACUCACAGCGGCAUCAGAAGCAGUUUUCCUGAAUGAGGGCAGAGCAGUCGAAGUCCGCCAAUUCACAUGGUUGGAAGAGGACAGGCUAGAUGAAUUUGACUCCGCUAUGCGUGAGAUGGGAGCUUUUCAAAAUGCCUUCCCAAACAGUCCACAGUUCCAAAUUUUGGAAGAAUACGGCCUCCCUCCGUCGAGCCCUGGCGCCGCCGACAAGGGCGGUGUCUGGGAGUCGGGCUACUCCAAGGAAAGGAAAUUCGACAAAAAGGACAACGAAGCCAAGGAUUCGUUUGUCUACCCUACUCCUCGCGCUGGCGGCGUCGGCGCAGUACAGAGAACCACCCGUUUUUAUCUGAUUAUGAUAUAUCUCCGUGGGAUCAUGUUUCUUGCAGCUGGGUAUAUUGGCUUUGGGAUGGGCGUCUUACUGGACACGAUCGGCAUCACGGCAAGACCUCGCUGGCUUCGACGAAUUGUUGGUCGGUCUUUGAAGGAGAUGAACACGAGGCCAACCGGACCGAACAACGAGGGCACGCUCGACUUUUGGAUUUUAACAAAAGACGGCAAGCUCACGAUAGCGAGCAGCGAUGAAGUUGACAUUGAGCCCGAGGUGAAGAGACGGCUAAUGACGGAAUUUCCCGAAGAGAGGGUCGAUGAACUACUAGACACAAAGCUAUAUGAGUGGUGGAAGUCGGGUGGUUGGUUUGGCGCAAAAGACGACAGUGGAGACUAUGAGCCAUCGAAUGCAGAUGAUAACGACGAUAUCACGAGUGUCAUUUCGAUGUCCACCGAAGCCAGUGACCACAACAGUGACGCCGACGAAGAAGAUGGCUGGGAGUCUGAACCCGAAGGAGCGCGAACUCCAACUCAGCCACAUACAGGACCGUCAUGGUCAUUCUCAGGUGUCCAAAGCAGAGAGUCAACACCAGCCUUUACAGAUUCACCUCUGGAUCCGGCGACGCUGGCCAGACUGUUGAAUCCACCAGACAGGGAAUCUCGGGAAGAGGCACGGAUUCUUGCCUCACAUCUUGCCACUGUGGCAUCCGACUCUCCUGGUGUCAUGACUCGUUCACGCUACCGUCGCGAGACCGAAGCUGAACGGGCUCGAAUCCUGCUUGCGGGACGCAGACCAGAUCCCAGGGUCCCCGCAGUUUCAUUGUACAAAGAACCGCACACUUCGGGUCCCCGGCCGCUUACCUCCAUGGAGGAAGCAGAGGUCCUCGAAUCACUAAUCCUCAGUCGUCGACAAAAACACGCACCGCCACCUGCGACGUCGAAAAGUGGAACAUCAGAUCCAAGCAAUGCCGAUGAGGACAGACAAUUUGGACCGCCAUGUGUCGUCUGUCAGAACGCUCCUCGAGCCAUUAUCGCGUGGCCAUGUCGAUGCCUCUGUGUCUGUGAGGAUUGCCGCGUCAGUCUGGCCUUGAAUAAUUUCGGCAACUGUGUCACCUGUCGACGGACCGUGCAGGGAUUUGUGAGGCUCUACGUGCCAUGA